GGUGUGUAUGCUGUGGGGAAUUUCCAGCCAAGUGAGGAUCGGUCUAGAAGUCAAGCACCUACCCCGACCCUCAGAGAGCCCCCCCUCUCCUCCUUACCAAAUGUCAGCCAAUCAGCACUUAGCAACAGCCACCAAGGUCACCACACCCUGGCUCCCAGCCAACCAGAGCCCAUCAUCACAAGGACCUCCUCCCACACAUUGUCCCUCAACCAACCAGAGCACAUCCUGACUCGGAGCGCCUCCUACCGAGAGCCGUCUAUGAAUAUGAAGCGAGCCAGCGCUGACAUGGAGGUGAUCACCCCGUCCAGCCCCAUGGGCCCCACCGACAACAUGAUGACCUUCAGCAGCAGCACCCUGCCAAG